AUGGCGGCGGGGGGAGGCGGCAGCAGCGGCCGGAGCGCAGGCGAGCGGGGCUGCGGUGGCUGGGAGGGGGAAGGGGGGCAGGAAAUGUCGCGCUGGGACCCCCAGGAGCUGCACAGCGGCGCCGGGGUGGGGGCCAGACGGGGCUGCGCUGGCUCCCGCUGCGGCGCGAGGACCAUGGGGGUCCCCGCGGCCCCGCUGCUGCUGCUGCUGCUGCUCCCCGUGACCCCCAUCCUCCUGGUGUCCCCCUGUUUCCCUUUGAUGCUGGACAUUUCCCCGGAGCUGAACCUGACCAACAGGAGCAGCGGCUGCGCCGAGCUGGACUGGAGCCCGUUCCGGGAGCACCGGCGGCUGCUGCUGGGCCACAACGGCAUCGAGGCCCUGAGCCCCUCGGCCCGCCUGGGCCCGCGGCUGGAGGAGCUGGACCUGGCCGGGAACCGGCUGCGGGAGCUGCCCCGCGGCUUCUUCAGCAACGCCACGGCGCUGCGGAGCCUGCGGCUGGAGGGGAACCCGCUGCCCGCCGUGCCCGCCGCCGCCUUCCAGCCCUCGCUGCGCUGGCUCAGCGUGUCCUGCCGCUGCGACGUGCUGGGCACCGUCCUGGCGCCCUGUGCCCGCGGGGGCGUCCUCUGCCGGUGCCUCACCCCGCACGGGCAUCCCUUCAACGCCUCGGAGUUCCACGGCCGCGAGUGCGGGCCGGGCGCGGGGCCGGUGGCCGCGCUGGUGGCCGGGCCGGUGGCCGCGGUGGCCGCGCUGGUGGCGGCGGCGGUGGCCGCGCUUCGGUACCGGCGGAGGAGAGCGGCGGCCGCGGUGGGCGGCGGGGCAAGGGGGAAGCAGGACCCCGCUGGGAGCGCCCGCCAGCCCCGCUACAUCAGCCGCGACACCGGGAGCGCCGAUGCCAGCGACGGGCCCGACUACGAGAACGUCUUCGUGAGCCCCGGCACGGCCCCGGCUGCCGGGCGGGGAUCGGCGCGGGCGUGGCAGGAGCCGCGCUACAGCCCCCAGGUCCUGCUGCACGAGGAUUAUUUCCUGGAGAGCGCGGCCGAUCCCGGGGACCAGCCCAUCUACGCCAACACCCUGGGCCCCAGCGAGGACAUCUACCUCACUCCUGACCCGUGA